AGUGACGCCGUGCGGCUGCAUCAGCGCAGGGCGCAACGCGACAGCUCGGUGGAGACGUUUCUGUUUUUUUCCGCUACCACCACAGCGGCUCUAACGGAGGUCCACAAUGGAGACCAAACCGGUCAUCACCUGCCUUAAAACCCUCCUCAUCGUGUACUCCUUCGUGUUUUGGAUAACAGGAGCCAUUCUGCUGGCAGUGGGAGUAUGGGGGAAGUUGAUGCUGGGCCCGUACAUCUCUCUGAUAGCAGACAACUCCACCAACGCCCCGUACGUCCUCAUUGGCACCGGCACCGUCAUCAUUGUUUUUGGCCUGUUCGGAUGCUUCGCCACCUGCAGAGGAAGCCCAUGGAUGCUGAAGCUGUAUGCCAUGUUCCUGUCCCUCGUCUUCCUCGCUGAGCUCGUGGCAGGGAUCUCUGGAUUUGUGUUUCGCCACGAGAUAAAGGGGAACUUUCGCAGAACGUACACCGACGCGGUCCUGAACUACAAUGCCGAAGACGAGGCGAGCCGUGCCGUUGACAACCUGCAGCACAGGCUGCGCUGCUGCGGGGUUUACAACUACACCAGUUGGUUUGCCAGCGUGUAUUACCCCUCCAACGGCAUUCCUGCCAGCUGCUGCUUUAACUCCUCCGACUGCAACCCAGAAGACCUUCGCAAUGCAACUCUAGCCCCGAGCAAAGUCUACCACCAGGGCUGCUUCGAGCUGGUCACUUCUUUCAUGGAAACCAACAUGGCCAUCAUCGCGGGAGUGACGUUUGGGAUUGCCUUCUCACAACUGAUUGGCAUGUUGCUGGCCUGCUGUCUGUCCAGGAUCAUCACAGCCAAUCAGUAUGAAAUGGUCUAGCUGAUGUGACGUGGCAGGGAGAUGAAGAGAAGAAGAGACAAAGAUACACACGACCAGAGUAAAUUCCCCCAAAACACUAUCACAACACCCGAAUCGGAAUUUACCUCCCUCCGUCUCUCUGCCUGUUGAUCUUAAUGUAAUAUCUAAAUGUAUCUUAUUGUAAAGCACCAUUCCUUGAUUCGCCGCAGUUGCAUCAAAGCUUUCUAUACCACACAUCCCAUCGCUGCUUGAUGUAGAAGUUGCUCAUUAGCGCACAGGUAGAGUGGUGCUGACAGCGGUGUUGGUCUCGAAUGGGUGAGAACUUGGCUUCUUUGUUGGCUGCAGCAUGCUCCGCCGACCGCUGCCAGGAGACCCCUGCACAUCUUUGUACAGAACAACAUUACUAAUGCCUGAGAGUAAUACUUUGAUAGAUCGGUUUAGUUUUGCAUUUGACUUUGCUAUCGCUUUGUGAACUGAUGCUAAGGAGGAUAAUUUAAGUUCAUAGGAAAAAUAAGGAAACCGAGGAUAGAAAAGGGAGCGUUGUUGUAGAGUAUCUUUUGCAGGUUUUCCCUUUUCAUUUAAGUGACAAGUUACGAAGCUCUAGCCAGAAGAACACACACCAGAUGUAAAUCUCUUCUUUCAAACACCCUGUGAAUUAAAAUAAUGUCAACAUAUUUACUGCCUCUAAAUGCACUUAUAUAUUAUACGUUGUGCAUUUCAGUCACUUCUGUAGAGAAGUUACAUGCAUUAGUUUGAGCAAAAGGAACAAACAAGGACAUUCGUGGACUCUGAAGGCCUCAUCACAGCGUGUUAGCUGAGAAGCUAACAGAGCCGUUAACAAAACAGUUUCAUGUCUGCGACAACUAUUCAGCCUGCAGCUUUAGUCCCUACCUGACCAGGGAGACCACUAAGAGGCUGAACUGAACUUAGACUGAUCACGGUUGCACCAAAGAGAGGUAAAUAUAGCAGCUCUCAACCACAGCGAACAUAUCAGUUCAAUUGCUUACAAAAUGCAAUGAAAAACAAUUACAGCCCAAAUGACCUCAGAUGAGCCUCCGUCACCGUGUUAUAGCAGGGUGAAACACCAAAUGCAGCAAUGGCCACAAGAUCAGUGUAGACAUUUACUGCAAGAUAGUUAACUGAGAGCACAUACCAAGCACCCAAAGCUGAACAAUUCAUCCUGGAGUCCAUUCCCUCAAAGGUCAGCACCAUCGAGGCCAAAUCAAGUAAUUUCCCGUCAGAAAGUUGCAGUUUUAAAUACAGGUGUGACUUUUCAAACUCUAAGCCUCUACCAUCUUUAAGGUAAGCAUGCUUCAAAUUCUUGUGAUGUGUCGUCAGACGUGAGAUCUGUUUGGAAACGCCACAUUUGAGAAACACUGUGCAGGGUGUUGCACCUGGUCGUCAGAAGAAAAGAAAGGAGAGAUUUAAACGUGUUCAGGUGAAUCCGAGCGUCAAGUGUUGGAUGAGAGGGCCGGAUGAUGCACGGACAAGGGGAAGAGUUAUGGAUGCCGCACAGUUAUCUGUCAAGCAUUUAAUUUGAAGCAUGCGGACACUCCAGUAAUUUGUUUUAUUGCAAAAGUCCGAAUUUAGGUUUAAAAAGACGAGUUGAAAGUCUUGCUUCUACUGAUCUCUAGUGGUUAACAGCAAAGCAGCACCUCAACACGUUUCCUUCUGGUGGAGUAUAGUGCCAGUGGCCCGUUACAAGGACAGAACUCAAACUGUGUUCAUGUAGUAUUUACAGUGUUCUGUGUAGUGCAUCAACCUGCCGCCAUCACCAUCACCGUCAUCAUAAUCAUCUGUAGAUAUGUAUUGGAAAUGUAAUUUAUAUGAUGUUUCUCAUUCUAAUAUGCUAAUCAAGUAGAAAUGUCGUUUUGAAUCCACACUUUGUGCUGUUAAUCUGUAUUUGUUUAAUAGUUUAUGGUAAACUCGGACUGAAAGAAUAAAAAAAAUAAAUAAUUGUGGCUAAUGUUUUGUUGAGUAACGCAAAAAUGUAGCCGUGUAUUUAUUAUAGUUUGGUUUUCAGUUUACUGUUUAACCAAAGUGGUUUUCUAUCUCUCGUUCAGAAUGUGUGCGAGCGUGUGUGAUUUUGUUUCUUUAUCUCUGUAACCUUGAGUGGGUGUCGGCGAGAGAGAGACGGCGUAUAGGCUUCCCGUUGUGUUCGGUUUUGGUCAGUAUUUAGUUGUGGCUUUUCAAAACUUUAUCGCUUUUUAAAGCUGUACAUUUAUUUAGUGAAUGUAUGUUUUCCAGCACUCUGAAGCUUAUUUUACUUUCUCUAAACUGAUAUUGUCCUGUAAAUACUAAAUUGUAAUACCAUCCAGCUUACACAUGGGGUCACUAGACACUCAAGAAGAAUUGCACCAUGCUGUCUACUGUUGACUAAGUCACCAUCAGUGGUCUUAUUAUCAAUAAAUAUAUGGAAUAACA